AUGGCUUCUAAUAUUGUCUUCCUCCCGUUUCGAAGAACACACCCAGUCUCGCUGUCUGCUUCAAUACGGCAGUAUAUCUCGACCAAGUAUGAUCAGCACCCGGAUAUGUUCGUACGAGAUAUGGAUGCUAUAGACAAACUGCGAGCGGACGCCGUCAACUCACUCGAGGCACAUACCAGCGGCAUCAGAAAGCUGACAGCUUAUGCGGCGCAACUGGUCUGGAUGGGGGGAAAGUUUCCUAUUGAUAUUGGCGCCGACUUUUCAUGGUAUCCUGCCCUGGGUUUCAAUACUCAAAGACCGAUAUCGCAAAAUAACCUCCGAUUCGAGCUUGUAAACGUCUUAUUUAACCUUGCCUCUCUCUAUUCCCAGCUCGCCGUGUCCCUGAACCGAAGUACAAGCGACGGGCUCAAGUCAGCAUGCAAUUACUUUUGUCAAGCCGCAGGGGUGAUAUCCCACAUAAAGACCGUCAUCAUACCAGACAUGCGAUCCUCGCCUCCAGAAGACAUGGAUACCAUGACACUGGAGAGUAUCCAGCAGCUACUUCUUGCCCAGGCCCAGGAAUGCUUCUGGUCCAAAGCCGUAAAGGACGGAUUGAAGGACGGUCUAAUUGCGAAAUUGGCAGCAAAAGUGUCCGACUUCUACGACCAAGCCGCGGAGUACGGGACGAAGUCAGACAUCAUCAGCACCGAAUGGAUACAUCACAUGACGGCGAAGCAGCAUCAUUUUGCAGCUGCGGCACAAUACAGGGCGUCACGAGACUGCUUAGACAAGCAGAAUUAUGGGGAAGAAGUUGCGCGCCUCAGGGACAGUUUGACCUGCGCCAAUGAAGCACUGAAAGAGUCGAGGUGGAUUAACAGAAUCGUACUCGGAGAUCUCAAUGGCCUGAAGUCUCGAGUAUCGGAAGACCUAAAGAGAGCGGAGAAGGACAAUGAUGUAAUCUACUUGAUGCCUGUACCUCCGAAAUCAGAACUGAAGACACUUGAUCGCGCAGGCAUGGCCACUGCAAGGGUGCCACAAGAAGUCUCUGACCCGUCGUCGACUCUCGGCGAAGGCGGUAUUUACGGUCAACCAUUGUUUGCCAAAUUAGUACCAUACGCCGUCCACAUUGCCGCAAGUAUUUAUGAGGAGCGCAAGAACCGACUUGUCAAUGUCUCAAUCAUUGAUGAGUUGGAAGGCUUGACCAACCAGCUUAAAGACCUAUUGCAAUCUCUGAACCUUCCAGGAUCACUUCAAGCACUCGAAAAGCCCUUGGGACUACCACCAUCACUGACUACACAUGCAGAAGAGAUCCGUCAGCAGGAUGGCCUUCACCGUCUUCGGCGAUCGAUGCACGAGACCAGCAAGCUCAAAGCAAAUGAUACAACCAUCUAUAAAGAAGGUGUUGAUCUUCUGCGAUCUGAGGCAGUUGAGGAUGACCGUGCAAAGCUCAAACACGGAACAGACCGGUGGAGCCGUCAACCUUCACAACAAGCUGCCGACAAGUUGUAUGCACAGGUUUCUGAGAUCGAUGGAUAUCUUAAGUCUGCUGCGAGCAGCGACGAGCUCGUCACAACUAAGCUUAAAGAGUGCGAAAAGGUCCUGAAUGUGCUUUCCGGCAGCGAUCGGGAUAUCGAGGAGUAUGUGCCCAGUAGUAGGCGGGCAGUGAUGCCGCCCAACGUUCAACACGCCGCCGGAGACUUGAGGAACAUGUUGAACGAGGUCAGCCGGCUUGAGAGUAGGCGAAAAAGACAAAUCGAGAAAAUGCGCGACAAAGCCAAGCAGGACGAUAUAAACCAAGUGAUUCUAGCAGAGACAGCUCGUCUUGAGCGGGAGUUUCCGAUGCAAAAGAUUGAGCCUGCUCAAUUCGAAAAUUUAUUCGAGGAGCGUCUAGAGAGGUAUGAGGGAGAUCAAAAGUCGAUUGCUAAAGAGAAAGAAGAGCAAGAUCAGAUUUUAUCCCAGCUCAGGCAGAGCAAUACAGCAUUUGCGAACGCGAGAAAAGGCGACACUUCGACCAGGGAGCGGGAGCAAGCGUUACAGAGACUCGAGAAUGCGUACGUCAAGUACAAGGAGAUCAUUUCCAACUUAAACACUGGUCGGAAAUUCUACAACGAUCUCGCAAAGAUCGUAAACAGAUUUCGAGACGAAUGCAAGAACUUCGCAUACCAGAGACGAAUCGAAGCAGGACAGCUCGAAUCAGAGCUGUCCAAUGCAAUGUCCGCCCUCAACCUUUCCCAAGCGACUUCUCUUCAAGAACAGAAGCAACGUGAAUCGCUGCGGUCACAUUAUAGCGCCAAAGGGCUUUCGUCAGAGCCAUUGACAGCUCCUACGCCCACCAGAGCUGCCGUGCAGCCUCCGACUGCUCCUGCACCAGGAAUGUGGAAUCCGGAAAUGGGAAUCAAGUUUGGGGGUGUUACUACACCGCAACAGCCACCGGCGAACGGUACUGUGCAUAAUCCUGCGUAUCCGAAUACUAGAGCGAAAGGUGGACAGUGGGACGCAAAUCAAGGGUUGCGGUUUGGGUGA